AUGGCUUCAAAUCCGCAAAACUGUCCUGUAACUCCUAAUCUGACCUCUGAAUCGCGUCGACCUACUGAUCAGUACGAGAAUCCGUAUUUUCUUCAUUCAUCGGAUCAUGCUGGGAUGGUUUUGGUUUCGGAUCGGCUCACUACUGGCUCAGAGUUUCACUCUUGGCGACGUUCUGUGCGCAUGGCUCUUAAUGUCAGGAAUAAGUUGGGCUUCAUAGAUGGAACAAUUCCUAAACCUCCCGAUGAUCAUCCUGAUGCAGCUUUUUGGUCACGAUGUAAUGAUAUGGUGAUUACUUGGUUAAUGAGUUCAGUUUCUAAGCACAUAGGUCAGAGUUUACUUUAUAUGGCUACUGCAUCUGCGAUUUGGUUGGAUCUUAUGUCUCGUUUUAGGCAAGAUGAUGCACCUAGGGUUUUUGAGCUUGAACAACGGUUGAGUACUUUACAACAGGGAUCUAUGGAUGUUACUACCUAUUAUACAGCGUUAGUAACCUUAUGGGAAGAGUUGAAGAACUAUAUUGAUGUUCAUGUUUGUACUUGUGGCAAGUGCGAGUGUAAUGCUGCUCUUAUGUGGGAGAAAUUGCAGCAGCGUAGCAGGGUUACGAAGUUCUUAAUGGGGUUAAAUGAAGCUUAUCAGCCCACACGCAGGCAUAUCUUGAUGUUGAAGCCCAUGCCUUCAAUUGGAGAGGUUUUUCACAUGGUAACCGAGGACGAGAGGCAGAAGAAUAUUCAGCCUGCCACCAAGAUUGAUAAUGUGGCUUUUCAAGCUUCUGGUCCUUCUGAUAAUGUUGGUUAUAACCCUAUGGCGCCUUCUCCUAAUGGCUACUUUUCAGGACCUACUGAUAAUACUGCCUAUGCUGCUUUUCGACCUCACCAGAAGCCUUAUUGUACUCAUUGUAACCGUGUUGGUCACACCAUUCAGAAGUGUUUUAAACUUCAUGGAUAUCCACCUAGUCAUAGGAAUGCUCAACGACCUCCAAUGCAGCAAGUGUUAUCACAGUCUGCUCCACCUCGUGCAUCUUUUUCAAUAGGACAACCACAAGUUGCAACUAAUCUCGAUCUGAGCAGUUUCACUUCUGACCAGAUUCAGAGUUUGGUUCAUCAACUCAGCACCCAGACCAAGGCUUCAGAGCAGCCGUCUUCUUAUCCGUCUGCUACGAUAACUGAGCAUGGUGCUAUGGCUGCGACAUCUUCUUCUGGUGCAACUAGCCAUGUGUGUUCUGACCUUUCUUUGUUUAGUGAGACUUUUCCAGUGACAGGUGUAACAGUCUCACUCCCUAAUGGCACUAGAGUUGCUAUUACUCAUACAUGCACUGACCAUACUCGGGACUUGAUGAUUGGUAAAGGUGUGCUAAUCCAUUGUCUGUACAUAUUGGAGCAUCAUGACAUUUCAGCAUCUGCGAAUUCUGUUUCAGCAUCUUUUUCUGGAUCCUUGCAAGUCGAUGGUCGUGUCUGGCAUCAACGCUUAGGUCACCCAUCUUCUGUCAAGUUACAAUAUAUGUCGGGUACAUUACCUAUGUUUAUCUCUAAUUCUUCUUCUCAUGAUCAUUGUGAUAUAUGUCCUUUAGCUAAGCAAAAGAAAUUACCGUUUGUUUCACAUAGUAAACUUUCUGCUUUACCAUUUGAUCUCAUUCAUAUAGACACUUGGGGGCCAUUUUCUGUAGAAUCUAUAGAAGGAUAUCGAUAUUUUCUCACUAUUGUAGAUGAUUGUACUCGAAUCACCUGGAUUUAUAUGAUGAGGAAUAAAAAUGAUGUUCUUUCUAUUUUUCCGUCUUUCGUUAAACAUGUUCAAACACAAUAUAACUCUGUCAUUAAGAUUGUUCGUAGUGACAAUGCACCUGAACUUGGUUUUUCUCAACUCGUUAAAGAUCAUGGUUAUCCAUCUGGUUACAAAGGUUAUAAGGUUCUUAAUCUGGAAACUAAUGUUGUUCAUAUUACUCGUAACAUUGUUUUUCAUGAGCAUAUUUUUCCUUUCAAAAAUGUUACACCUUCUCUUCCUACCACUGAUUUGUUUAGUAAAAUGGUUUUACCUUUGCCUGUUUCCACUGAGAUUGAACUUGUUGAAAAUACACAUUCAUUGCCUUUGUCUGUUCCUGUUCCAUCAUCAUCAUCAUCCUCAUUACCGUCAUCAUCCUCUAGUGUUGUUGCUACACCAGAUGAGAUUGUUACAGUUGCCACAGGACAGGUUGCACAAAACAAUGACAGGCCACGACGCCAAGCUAAAGCACCAGGUUACUUAUCUAACUAUCAUUGCAAUCUCACAAAUACUUCUUUUUCUAAUUUGACUUCUCUUGAUCUUUCUAUGUCUGAUUCAUCUUCUUCUUCUAUUCUCGCAUUAUGCAAUCUUGCUCAGCUCUCUGAAAAUUUCUCUCCUUCGGAUCCUCUUGUUGUUUAUCCUCUUGAUUUUGUUCUUACCUAUUCCAAAUUGAGUCCUUCUUAUCAAUUUUAUGUUCUUUCAUGCUCAAUUGAAUCGGAGCCACAAAAUUUCAAGCAGGCCAUGGCUCAUCCUUAUUUUCCCAAGGCUAUGGAUGUGGAGAUUGUUGCUCUUGAGCAACUUGGGACUUGGAGUGUUGUAUAUUUACCCCCUGAUGGAUCUAUAGAUCGUUACAAAGCAAGAUUGGUAGCCAAAGGGUAUACUCAAAUGGAGGGGAUUGAUUACAUCGAUACUUUUUCUCUUGUUGCUAAGCUUGCUAGUGUUAAACUUCUUAGACGAGGAGAUCUACAUGAGUCUUCCACAAGGAUAUACUCCUCCGGGAGGUGUACAACUCCUAAUGCGGUUUGUCGACUCCAUAAAUCUCUAUAUGGUUUAAAGCAGGCUUCUUGGCAAUGGUACCACUGUUUUUCUGGAGUGAUUCUUGGAGCCGGUUUCUCUCAGUCUCCUGGUGACAACACUCUGUUUGUCAAACAACGAGGAACACGGUUUAUUGCUCUCUUGGUGUAUGUUGAUGACAUCAUGAUUGCUUCUAACAAUGAUAGUGAUCUACAGGAGCUUAAGACUGUCUUGCAUGCUGCUUUCAAAAUCAAAGAUAUGGGCGCUCCUAAGUUUUUCUUGGGAUUGGAAAUAGCUCGUAAUAGCAGUGGUAUCUCUAUUUGCCAACGAAAAUAUGCUCUUGAUAUCUUGGCUUCGACAGGGUUGUUGGCUUGCAAACCUUGCAGUGUUCCUAUGAAUCCCAAUGUCCAUUACACAAAGGACAUGGGCACUCCCCUUGAUUCUGCUCGAGCUACAUCAUAUAGAGAGCUCAUUGGGAGGUUGCUUUAUCUCACCAUCACUCCGCCAUAUAUCACAUUUGCUGUCAACAACUUAAGUCAGUUCCUCUCUUGUCCUGCGGAUGUGCAUCUUCAAGCCGCAUACCAGAUUUGCCACUAUCUUAAAGGUAACCCUGGCCAAGGACUCUAUUAUGCUGCUAGCUCGGAACCUUGCCUUAAUGCUUUUUCUGAUGCGGAUUGGGGCACUUGUCCUGAAACUAGAAGAUCUAUUUAUGGCUUUUGUGUUUAUCUGGGCAAAAGCUUGAUUAGUUGGAAGUCAAAGAAGCAGCAAGUUACUAGUCGUAGCAGUACGGAGUCAGAAUAUCGCAGCAUGGCUCUUGCCACUUGUGAACUCUUGUGGUUGAAUCAGUUACUCAAAGAUUUGAGGAUUACUGUCACUUCGCCAGCCCAGUUGUUUUGCGAUAACAAGUCGGCUAUUCACAUUGCUACAAAUCCCGUGUUUCAUGAGAGGACGAAACACAUUGAAAUCGAUUGUCAUACCGUCAGAGAUCAGAUGAAGAACGGGUUCUUGAAGCUCUUUCACGUCUCCAGUGCGAACCAACAUGCUGACAUCUUGACAAAAGCUCUUCAACCGGGUCCUUUCUACUCUCUUCUUGGGCGCAUGUCUAUAUCAAGCCUCUUUCAUCCUUCACAUAUUUCGGUUUCAGAGGCUUGA